UUAUUUCUAAUUGAGAGAAGUGAACAUUAUGAGAUAUUUUUUAUUGUUUUUCCUUGUUGGUUGUUGCUUUAGCGAGGAAAGCAUCAACAACCAUAGAUUUCCCUCUGACUUUAUAUUCGCAGCUGCUACUUCUGCAUACCAAGUUGAAGGUGCUUGGAAUGAAGAUGGAAAAUCUCCUAGUCUCUGGGAUACGACUAUCCACAACAAUGCUUCGUUUAUAGAAGACUUAUCUAAUGCUGACAUUGCAUGUGAUUCUUACCACAAAAUUAAGGAAGAUGUAGCUAUUCUGAAAACACUAGGCGUAUCACAUUACAGAUUUUCAUUAUCAUGGACAAGAAUUCUACCUAAUGGUAUUGGCAAAGUUAAUGAAGCAGGAGUAGCCUACUAUAAAAAUUUAAUAAAAGAACUUAAAGACAACGGUAUAGAACCUUUCGUAACCAUUUUCCACUGGGAUCUUCCUCAGAUUCUCUUUGAUAUGGGAGGUGUAAUAAAUCCAUCUUUCGUCGAUUGGCACGCUGAAUUCGCUAGAGAGUGUUUCCGACUAUUUGGAGACGAUGUUAAAUUGUGGGCAACUUUCAAUGAACCUCAACAAGUUUGCACUGGAGGAUAUGGUUAUGGAUACUUUCCCCCAGCUAUUAAAUCUGAAGUUCAAUUGGAGUAUGUUUGUGUUUAUCAUGUACUAAAAGCUCACGCUAAAAGUUGGCAUAUUUAUGAUGAUGAGUUUAGAAGCAAACAAAACGGUAGAGUAUCUCUUGCUCUGGAUACUUCAGCAUUCAUACCUGCUACUGAGAGUGCUGCUGACUUAGAAGCUGCUGAUAGAAUGCUACAUUUUAUGCUGGGUAUUUAUGCUAAUGCUAUUUAUGUUGGCGAUUAUCCGGAAGUAGUAAAAACGCGUGUAGCAGCUAGAAGUGCAGCAGAAGGAAGGAACCAGUCACGUCUUCCUGAACUGACCCAAUCCGAAAUUGAUUAUAUACGAGGAACUCACGACUUUUUCGGCCUGAAUGUAUAUUCUGCGACGGUAGCAGCGGCUAUGGAUGAUCCACCAGUUUCAGACCCUCCCAACAAAUGGGGAGAACAAGGUGUUAACACUUAUCAACCUACAGAUUGGGAGGAAACAUCAAUCGAUGGAACGAAGGUUGUUCCUUGGACUGUCCAGUCCUUGUUAAUCUGGAUUAAGGAUAAUUACAAUAAUCCUGGAAUUAUCAUUACAGAAAACGGUUAUCCAAGUAAAGGUGAUAAAGACGAUAGAAGAGUACAUUACAUUAGAGGUUAUUUGAGUAACAUUAGAGAUGUCAUGAUUGAUCAUGGAGUUAAAGUUUUGGGAUAUACAGUUUGGAGUCUAAUGGACAACUUUGAAUGGGCUUCAGGUUAUACUCAAAAAUUUGGACUUUUCGAAGUAGACUUCAAUAGCCCUAAUAGGACAAGAACAAUUCGUCCAUCUGGAGAAUUUUACAAAAAAGUAACCGAAACUAGAUGUCUUGUAGACAAUUGUGUAGACUAAAAUUAUUUUUUUUUUAAUAAAUGUUUGCAAAUUAUAAA